GAGCAGGGAGGAGCGGUGGAGCCUCGCCGGCGCCACGGCGCUCGUCACCUGCGGCAGCAAGGGCAUAUCGGCGUGUGUUGGUGCUGGCAGGCACGCGAUCGUGGAGGAGCUGGCGGGGUUCGGCGCGCGUGUGCACACGUGCUCGCGGAACACGGCGGAGCUGGAGGAGUGCCGCCGGAGGUGGGAGGAGAUGGGGCUGCAGGUCACCGUCUCCGUCUGCGACGUGUCCGUGCGCGGCGACCGCGAGGAGCUCAUGGCCACCGUCGCGGCCACCUUCGGUGGCAAGCUCGACGUGCUCUUGAACAACGCAGGGCAGACGCUGUUCAAGCCGGCGGCGGAGUGCAACGGCGAGGGCUACGCGCGGAUCAUGGCGACCAACCUGGAGUCGUGCUUCCACCUCAGCCAGCUCGCGCACCCGCUCCUCCGGCAUGCCUCCGUCGCCGGCUGGGGAAGCGUCGUGCACGUGUCCUUCAUCGAUGGCUUCGUCGGGCUCCCAGCGCUGGCAGUCUACUCCACGACCAAGGGCGCCAUGAACCAGCUCACCCGGAGCCUCGCCGCCGAGUGGGCCCGCGACGGCAUCCGCGUCAAGUGCAUCGCGCCGGGCGGCGUCAAGACUGACAUCAGCACCGAUAUGACAAUAGACCCUGAGCUUGUGAAGAAUGAAAUGGCACGGCUGCCUAUGGGGAGGAUCGCCGAGCCGGAGGAGGUGGCGUCCAUGGUGGCCUUCCUCAGCAUGCCGACGGCGUCGUACAUGACCGGCCAGGUCAUCUGCAUUGACGGCGGACGCACCAUAUCUUAG